AUGGAAGGUGCAGAAAUCAAGAAGUCGCUGCUUGCCUUGAAGGAAUGUAUUGGAGCCAUGGCCAAGAAUAGCCAACAUGUUCCAUUCCGAACCUCUAAGCUAGCAUUGGUGUUACGGGAUUCGUUUAUUGAAGAAAAAGCGCGCACUUGUAUGGCACUGUGGAUUACGGUCAGGGAAAAUACGUGCGCGACGCUGUUAAUUUCAGCAAGAAGAUGUUCGGCGGACUGUCGGAAUGCACGGGCAAGUAUUUUUGUGGCUGAAAGCCUUUUUUUCAAAUCGACUAAAGAAAUGGCAAGAGCUAUAAGUGGCAGAAGCAGAGAUCCAAAAAGCAACAAGAAAUAA